AUAGCAGAAAACAGUAUCAGAUCUCAAAAACUCAAAAGCCUUCUCUCCAUUUUCCUCUGACCCCAUUUUUCUCCGCUCUCUCUCUCUCUUCUUCAUUGCUCCAGAAAAUGCAAAAACCUUCUCCCUUCCAUUUAGUUUCUUUUUCGCAUUUCUCUCGGAUCCCAUGUAUGGUGGAGCAACACAGGCAUGUCUGAUUCCUCUAUAAUAGUGCUCUGGUCCGCAACACCGAGACCCAAACGAACAGAUCUAAAACAGUUCGUCCAAAAAUCCUCCCUUUGCAGUUUCUCACAGAUUGAUGCAUCCGUAGCCUUCCAUAACCCAACAACGCGCACCUCCGUGAGUACCCCGCCGUGGUGGAAAAUCGGAAAAACGGAAACCCAAAGUGGGAAGAGCCCUAAUGGUUUCAAAUCCGAGACAACAACACAAGAACAAAACGCUGAAUCGCCGUCUCAACUCAAAAUCAUGUCUCCCAAGCCUCAAGCCAUCAGAAAUUUUAGUACCAUUUUGCACAUGCCACGUAGGUGUCCGAGAUGCACAAAGAGACAGAAGAGACAAAGUCGAAAAGCUUCCAAACUCACGGAUCUGCAAAUGUUGAGCAUACACCCGUGAGAAAACAAGCUUAAGCUGCCGGUCUAAUAGUCCCAGAAAGCAAAAUCAACAGCAACUGUCGCGGCCUCUGUAUGUCAUCAAGGGUAUACGGAUCCAUGAUAGAGCCAAGGAGACAGAAGUAAACACACAAGAGCAACGGAGGAAAACAGCACAGGCCGCAUGACCCAGAUCGAUGCAUCUGGGAGGUAAAAUUCGAAUCCCUGUAAGUGUAAUUGUUGUAGAUCUGGUAAUAAUAUCUGUACUCAGUUCUGUGGUGUAUGGAUCUGUGAUUUAAUUGUGCUUCCUCCAUGCAUCGCAAAACUGAGCUGCAGAAAUUAACUGCUCUAAAUUCUGUUUGUGCUGGAUCUGCAACAAUCACUCCCAAACUUGCAUCUGUGAAUGGCUUUUUAUGUUGAC